AUGCUUUACAGAUUCUCUCAUUUAAUUUUACCUAGGAUUGCCCACAAUAUUCAAUAUUUUAUUCUUGAUUUAUCGUCAAUUGAUCCUGUUCUUAAUGUUGUAAACUACCCUGAACUUCAUCAACUGAAUCCUGUUAAUCUUCCUAUUGGAACGGCAAGUCGUAUGUUGAAUGAUGAAUCUUCAUUGAUAUAUCACUUCUGCCAUCAAAUCUUCCACCUUGUUGUUACGAUUAACUUGAACGAUACAUCUCAAGACGUAUUAGAAAUGUUUCAAAAUGCUUUUAAAAUCAUUCUUCCAUUGUUCAGUAAUUUAAGAUAUUUAGAAUAUACCUGGUAUGGUCAUUUUUCAUAUGCAACAAAAGUAUUUUUAACAUCUGAAACAUACCAUUCAACGAAUGUUAGUUGUUUAAACAUUAGACUUAAUCAUUUGAAUGAUUGUGUUUGUUUAAUUAAACUGAAAUCUUUACUAUUUUCGUACAUUGAUUGUUGA